AUGGCGUCCAGGUGGAAGCAAUGGAGCAUGUCAAUAUUUUCGUUCUUGAGAGGCUCCACCGGCUCCGAAGUGUUCCGGUUGUAUACAGUCUGGGGGAACACAAGUUGGCAGCGUGUUCCUCGUGAACGUUGCACCACAUCAAAUGUAUCAAUACCUGCAACGGAGUACCGAGUUGUUGGAGGAUGGGAGAGCCUAAAUGUCCCAACCAUCGGGAAAGCGUCGUCGUCGUCUUCGUCAGAUCAUGCCUCCCGACGUCUCGCUCUCGCGAUGCUUCCACCUGGUAUCCUUGUGAACUUUCUGUUCAGGAUGUGGAGAUAUCCAGGGUCCUUUCUAAUCGCAACGACAUUUAUGUCACCGAACAGAACCCUUGCCAAGAGGUUCUAUGUUUGUGCAUCGUACGAACUGGACCAAUAUUCCAGUUCUGUAUAUAUUCAAAAAACAGUCGUAACUCGUAACUGUAAGGGAGGAAAUACGGAAACGCAAGGUAACGAAACGAAUGUCGGACAAUAUCGAAAGCAAGAGAAGGAGCGCGGCAAACAAAUGGCAGAAUUAACUUACACGAGUACAAGGGAGCGUGGGUAG